GUAGAUAUAUAUUUUUUAAACCCUCAAUAGCUGGACAUAUGUUGAUAACAACCCCUUCCGCAGAGCGGUGAGCCGCCGAUGUUAGCCGAAGGCGCUCGUGCUCCGUCGGGCCCCAGCCGGGACCCCCAGACCGCUUCAGUCUAUCCCGAAAUGCCGGCCACUGAAGAACUCAGCUCCAAGCUCGAGCGGAGGCUGGAGAUCAACACCGCGCUCGACAACGGCAUCCCCGUCGAGCCGCAGUUCAGGGCCCACAGGUCCAUCUAUGCAGAGUUCACCGAGUUCACGCGGAAACAGAUCAAGGAGUAUGAGGCUACUUUCAACAAAUAUGACGAAGGUCGAGACGGCUACCUUGAUUUAACAGAAUUGAAAAGAAUGAUGGAAAAGUUGGGAGCCCCCCAGACCCACCUUGGCCUGAAAGGAAUGAUCAAAGAAGUUGAUGAAGAUGGCGAUAAUAAAAUCAGCUUCAGAGAGUUUAUGCUGAUAUUCAGAAAGGCUAAAGCGGGUGAACUGAUUGAAGAAAGUGGUCUAUCACAACUUGCUAAGCUGACCGAGAUAGAUGUUGAUCAAGUUGGAGUCGGUGGAGCGAAAAAUUUCUUUGAAGCUAAGAUUGAAGAGCUAAGGAGAGGAAGCAAGUUUGAAGAUGAAAUAAGACAAGAAAAAGAAGAGAGGAGGAGACAGGAAGAGGAGAAAGCACUCAGAAGAUCAGCUUUCAAAGAAAAGGCAGCCAUUUUCCAAGGAAGCGUUGCUUAAGAUGACCUAGUCUUGUCUACAACCCAGUAUUAAUGGUAUUAUUAACAUCUUUGCUCCUGUAGAGAAGUCUCAGCUUCUUUUGACCAUUGUAUACUAACCUGUAGCAAGGUAUAAAAACUGAAGGUGUUAAUGAAUGUGGGAGAGAGAUAAAAUUUGGAAUAGAGGCUGUGACUUCAGAGAAUUAUCUGGUACAAUUAUCACAUUUUUAGAUGUUACCUUUAAUGUAAGUGUUAAUGAAUUAUCAAAUGUUACAACCUAUUUUAAAAAAUACAUAUUUUCCACUGAAAAAAAAUUAUAUCAUAUUUUUCAGAAUAUUUGUCUUUCAAAUAAUUUAUAUUAUUUCAAAAUAACGAUGGAGUUUCCUCACUAAUGAAUUUCAUGUAAAAUUUGUAUGAAUUUAAUUAUAUAACAAAGCCUAGAGAACAUGUAGCAUUAAUUAAUUAACUUUGAUAAGAAAUCAUAUAAUAAAAUGUUAGUUAAUUGUCUCCUUUGUAUUAUAAUUUUUUCUAUUACUCCAUACUGGGUUGUGAGGUUUACAUUUUGUUUAUAAACGAUAAUGUUAUAACAUAUAAAUAAACUUAUUUAUUUCACUGACAUUUUUAUCUAGUUUAUGAGCUUUUAGGUUUAAAUAAGAAAUGUUCUUUGACUAGGAUAUAGUACUUAAUAUUAGUUGACAACCCACAGUUUGUUGGACUCACUUCCAAGUAUAUGAAUGUAAUUAUGUUUUUAAAAUGUAAAGUUAUUUUAUAUUAUAAAUACAAAUGUUUAUAAAAGCAUUAUUAAUCAUUUUUAUUAUAAAUUCCCUGCCACUUAUUAGUAAAU